AUGCGAUGCCAAUCUGCCAUGCUAGCAGCACUCCAUCCGUUGCCUUCACUUGCUUCGAGGAAGCAUCAAGUUCCAUUUGAAUACCUUGCCCCAUAUACGAGCCGCCUGAUGCGCGAUGCCAUUGGAAAUGCAUACUCUUUUGACUUUUGCGUUCUGAGGAGAGACGAUGCGGGUAAAGUGUGCAGAGUGACCUGUAGGCGCAGCGGACGCAAGGCGGAAGCCCUAGUUGUGCGGAAGCAUCUCGAAGACCCGCUGCAGUUGGAGACGUUGAAGAAGGAGAUUGAGAUUUGGCUUUCGUUGGACCACCCGUAUAUUGCUAGGUUGCUCGAGGUGUUUGAGGACGAUAGAGCUGUCUACUUGGUGUCCGAGUACUGUCCAGGUGGCUCACUCUAUGAUUUUCUGUCGGCUAUGCAGAAGUGCCCGGAAGAGGUGGCAAAGACUUGGACCCUACAAAUGGUGAGAGCGAUUGGGUUCCUGCAAGGCUGUGGAGUCGUCCAUCGCAACCUCAGACUCGAAAGCUGGCAGCUUACAAACCAAGGCUGCUUCCCCCCCCUAAAGCUUUAUGGCCUUAGCCACUCCACUCGCUGGCACAAAAAGGAAGGCCGUCUCAAUGCUGCUUGCGGCUUACUGGGAUACACGAGCCCAGAUGUUCUACUUGGGCGUUACACCGAUGCCUGCGACAUGUGGUCGUUAGGUGUUAUUGUGUAUCAGCUGUUGUGCGGGCGCCCUCCCUUUGUCGGCACUCAGCGAGAGAAAAUUCGUCAGAUCCUUUCCGGCGAUAUCAACAUGCUGUAUCUAGAGAAGGCAGGCGUAUCCGACGAGGCAAAGUCCUUCGUUACGCAGUUAUUAACAAUCAGUCCCCAGCUUUGCUGGUUCGCUAAUAGCAGCACACUACGACGCGCUGCAGUCCUCAUGUGCGCAUACUGCCUCAACUCUGACCAGUGCGAGCUGGUGGGCUCAGUGUUCGCUGGCGCCUCUCACUCCAGCGCUGGACGCCUCACAGCCGAAGACCUCAAACGGACACUGCAGAGGGAACAGCCAGAGCCUCUUGGAGACGAAGAUGUAGAAGACAUUUUUGAUGCACUUGACGUCAACAAAGAUGGAGAAAUCAUUUUCACGGUGUUCGCUGCUGCAAUGAUCGGCACGUUAGUGGACGCGGAGGACUCAUUAUUGCAGAAGGCCUUUACCAAGCUGGACGCCGAUGGCGACGGACGACUCUCUCUCGAUGACUGCCGCUGGGCAUUCGGUGGAACGCUGUUUGGGCAGAGCCCCGUUACAGCUCUGGAGCAGGAGGAAAAUGAAGAUGGACCUUUGGAUUAUGACCAUUUCGCGGCGUUGGUUCGCGAAAAAGGGAAGCCAGUGCACCGCAGGGUGUAUAAAACACGGUAA